AUGAAGGGCUCCGCUAUCGCGACGGCCAUCACUCUCGGUGCCUCCACCGCUCUGGCUGCUCCCAACCUCAAGGCCCGUGAUGAUGUGACCGCCAUCACUGUCAAGGGUAAUGCCUUCUUCAAGGGUGACGACCGUUUCUACAUCCGUGGUGUCGACUAUCAACCCGGUGGCUCGUCCAAGCUGGCCGACCCCAUCGCCGAUACCGAAGGCUGCAAGCGCGACAUCGCCAAGUUCCAGGAGCUGGGUCUGAACACCAUCCGUGUCUACUCCGUCGACAACUCCGCCGACCAUGAUGAGUGCAUGAACGCUCUGGCAGAUGCUGGCAUCUACCUGGUUCUGGAUGUCAACACCCCCAAGUACUCGCUCAACCGUGCCGACCCGAAGCCCUCCUACAACGAUGUCUACCUUCAGUACAUCUUUGCCACGGUCGACAAGUUCGCCGGCUACAAGAACACUUUGGCCUUCUUCUCUGGAAACGAGGUCAUCAAUGACGGCCCCUCCUCGAGUGCUGCCCCCUAUGUCAAGGCCGUCACUCGUGAUCUCCGCCAGUACAUUCGCAGCCGCAAGUACCGUGAGAUCCCUGUGGGAUACUCUGCUGCCGAUAUCGACACCAACCGUCUCCAGAUGGCCCAGUACAUGAACUGCGGUACCGAUGACGAGCGCAGCGACUUCUUCGCCUUCAACGACUACUCCUGGUGCGACCCCUCUUCUUUCACCACCUCCGGCUGGGACCAGAAGGUCAAGAACUUCACUGGCUACGGUCUUCCGCUCUUCCUGUCCGAGUAUGGCUGCAACACCAACACCCGCGAGUUCGAGGAAGUCAGCUCCUUGUACAGCACGGACAUGACCGCUGUUUACUCUGGUGGUCUCGUCUAUGAGUACUCCGAGGAACCCAGCCACUACGGUCUCGUGCAGAUCAAGGAUGGCAAGGUCACUACCUUGGAUGACUACGAUGCCCUCAAGUCUGCUAUGGCCAAGACUGCCAGCCCCAAGGGCGAUGGUGGCUACAACAAGACCGGAGGCGCCAACCCUUGCCCGGCCAAGGAUUCUCCCAACUGGGAUGUUGACAGCGACUCUCUCCCCGCCAUUCCCGAGCCCGCCAAGAAGUACAUGACCGAGGGCGCUGGUAAGGGUGUUGGAUUCUCCGGCUCUGGUAGCAUGAACGCUGGAACUGCGUCCACCAGCACCGCCACUCCCGGAUCCGGCUCCGCUUCUUCGGGCAGUGGCUCUGGCUCUUCCAAGAGUGGCAUCGCGACGAACUCUCCAGGCGCUGCUGCCGGCCUGCAGGUGCCCCGUCUGACCAUGACCCCUGCCAUUGUGGGCCUGGUGACUGUCAUGUCGACCUUGUUCGGCGCUGGCAUGGUUCUUGUUUAA